AUGCCGGCAGCAAGAAGCAAUACAUCAGAUAGAGACGAUGAACCUUUUGUGGAGGUUGAUCCGACAGGUCGGUUCGGACGCUACAAUGAUCUGCUAGGUGCUGGUGCAGUGAAGAAGGUUUAUAGAGCAUUCGAUCAACAGGAAGGUAUAGAGGUGGCUUGGAAUCAGGUGCGGUUAAGGAAUUUUAUCGAAGAUCCUGUACUCAUCAAUCGGUUACACUCCGAGGUUCAGUUACUCAGAACAUUGAAGAACAAGUACAUCAUUGUUUGUUACAGUGUUUGGUUGGAUCAAGAGGAUAGCUCUCUCAAUUUUAUUACUGAGGUUUGUACUUCUGGAAAUUUAAGAGAUUACAGGAAGAAACAUCGGCAUGUGUCUUUGAAAGCUUUGAAGAAGUGGUCUAAGCAGGUCCUUGAGGGGUUGGAAUAUCUUCAUAUGCAUGAUCCUUGUGUCAUUCACAGAGAUUUGAAUUGCAGUAACAUAUUCGUCAAUGGGAACAGUGGUCAGGUGAAAAUUGGGGAUCUGGGGUUUGCAACAAUAGUGGGGAAAAGCCAUACUGCGCAUUCGAUCUUAGGCACACCGGAGUUUAUGGCGCCAGAACUCUAUGAGGAAGAUUACACUGAAAAGGUGGACAUAUACUCUUUUGGAAUGUGCUUGCUUGAAAUGGUGACAAUGGAGAUACCAUACAGUGAAUGUGAUAAUGUUGCCAAGAUAUACAAGAAGGUUACCUCUGGAGUAAAGCCUCAAGCUUUGAACAAGGUGGCUGAUCCUGAAGUGAAGGCUUUUAUAUUGAAGUGUAUAGCUGAGCCAAAAGCAAGACCUUCGGCCUCUGAUCUUCUCAAGGACCCCUUCUUCUCAGAGGUCAAUAAUGACGAAAUAGAACCUGUCGCUGCUUGA